CGGAAGAUAACAGUCUGUCUCAAAAGAAGAAGGUGACUGUGGAAGACCUCUUCAGUGAAGAUUUCAAAAUCCACGACCCCGAGGCUAAGUGGAUAAGUGAUAAAGAAUUCAUCUACAGAGAGCAGAAAGGAAGUGUGAUACUGCGGAAUGUUGAAACAAAUACUUCUACGGUGUUAAUAGAAGGCAAAAAAAUUGAAUCAUUAAGAGCCAUCAGAUAUGAAAUUUCUCCAGAUAGAGAGUACGCUCUUUUUUCAUAUAACGUGGAACCAAUAUAUCAACACUCCUAUACUGGAUAUUAUGUCCUGAGCAAAAUCCCUCAUGGGGACCCUCAGAGCCUGGAUCCACCGGAAGUCAGCAACGCAAAACUUCAGUAUGCAGGAUGGGGCCCCAAGGGUCAGCAGCUGAUAUUUAUCUUUGAGAACAACAUCUACUACUGCGCGCACGUCGGGAAGCAGGCCAUCCGCGUGGUCUCCACUGGCAAGGAAGGUGUGAUUUACAACGGCCUCAGCGACUGGCUGUACGAAGAGGAGAUCCUGAAGACCCACAUCGCCCACUGGUGGUCUCCGGAUGGUACACGGCUCGCCUACGCCACCAUCAAUGACUCGCGGGUGCCGGUCAUGGAGCUGCCCACCUACACUGGCUCCAUCUACCCCACCGCAAAGCCCUACCACUACCCCAAGGCCGGCUGUGAAAACCCCAGCAUCUCCCUGCAUGUCAUUGGCCUGAAUGGACCCACGCAUGACCUGGAGAUGACGCCGCCCGAUGACCCGAGGAUGAGGUUUGCAUCCUUCCUUCAAUUAUGCAAUGACAAUAACA